CUUUGGGUGUCACAACAAAUACGAGCAGAACAUACAAGCAUGAUCAUGUAUUGGUUGUAAAAAAUAUGCACUUUCCUUUCUUUGAUGGAACUGUUCAAGACGUCUUAGUGGGAAUCCUCAACGUGAAGAUGUUUGGAAGUGGCACUAAAAAGUGGUUAAUAAAGAAGAAUAAAAGACAGAGGACUAAAGGAAGAAAGCCUGUCAACAGGAAGAGAAAGAAAUGGGUUGCUAAGGUCCUGAAACAGCAUAGGGAGAUGAUCCAGAAGGAACUGGAUGUCAACAAGGUGCUGCCGUACCUGGUGUAUGACAAAGUAUUUUCUCUCGGGGAAUACAAAGAGAUACUGGGUCAAGACUCCAGCAAGAAACGAGCCGAGCUCUUCUUGGAUCAGCUGUCCCAGAAGGGCCCGUGUGCGUUCAACGCCUUCUGCUCCGUGCUGGAGGAAGUGUGUCCUCACCUGCUUACCUGCUUCCUGUUGGAUUGUGAAGAUGGCUCAGCUGGAGGAAACAAGAAGCAAGGACAAACUAAACCAACGCACAGCCAAGAGAACGCGCUGUCCAAUGAACAAGACACGGUUUGUUUUCUACCUAUGUACACAGACCCACUUUUUGACACGAGGGUCUUCCCCAAACACGACAAAGACAAAUACGGGCCUGCAGUUUACUAUCCCAAGAUCCACGGUUUCAUCCACACCCCAGAAAACAUCGCUCUGCUGGAAGAAUCUGAGGGAUCGGUGCACGGCAAACCAUCCCUGCGCAGAAUCAAGGGCCGAAUCCACCGCAGCAAGAGCCUGGACAGCAUCGACCUGCUGGACUCCAACGGCCGAAUCCACCGCAGCAAGAGCCUGGACAGCAUCGACCUGCUGGACUCCAACGUGAGUUAA